CCGGCGACCAGACAGUGCAGCAGCAGCAGUCGCGUACGCCGUACCGCAGCCGGCCAGUUACUUCGGCACCGCUCUUGUGCAAGGUGUAUUCGCCACGCGUCGUCGUCGCCGUCCACCACCGUCCGACAGUGCGCGCGCGAGGCAGACCACCUCAAACCGUAUGGUUUGGUCACUCUAACGUCGUCUCAUGAGUACGGAAAGCACAACAACCCGAAGCCAUGAUCAAUUCUGUAAUUAUUGUGCGUGCCAAGAAAUCUAGUUCCAAUAGAGAAAUCCAUCAUCAUCAUGUGGAAAUAACGAAUAAGCGGUAGCAAAUACUGUUUUAGGGAUGGCUGCGUUUAUCGGGAUUGGCGUGUUGAGGCAUAUGUUAUACCGUCUGAUAUUUUGGGCGGCUAUAUUGUUAUGCCUCGCACAACUGUUGUUAACGUUAUGGAGAUCAGACCGGCCGAUGGCAAUGAAGUCGAGCAACAUCAACACCAGGAUGAUCCUGCAGAAUAUGAUAGAUUUUCAUAUCGCACGGACCACAACACCGCCCUACGAGAGCCUGUUGACCGUCGAGCCAUGGGUGGACAAGCUGUCUGUGCAAUCGGAACAGCUGAUCAUGGACCAAGUACAAAAACGGCUGCCUAAUCUGCCCGUUACGUAUUGGAACCAGAAUAAGAACAAAGCAAUGUACUACAAAAACGAGAGUUGUGCCAAGUUCCCGAGUAUAUACGAAUUGGAAUUCAACAACGUGUACUGGCAGUCGCUGCAGACGUCCAACGGGUCGUUUCAUCUCUACAGCGCUUACUACGACGUGCGUAAGCUGAGCAGGAUCGGACCAGCGGUCCGGAUACUUGGCAUGAUCAAUCGGAUCGAGCCGACGGUCAAGACUCACUGUCAGUUUUGGUUCGACGACCACAAGCAACCCGUCAUCGUGAAAAUUAUGGAAUACAAAUACAUAUGGUACAAGAAGUGGGGCAACUACAAGCAGGGCAUAUUCCAGCCGUACCUGAUCGCCUGCCAGAUACCCAAGUCCCACCACCACGCCGUGCCCGCGUCCGUUUCGUUGGUGGAGAACGUGUGUGAUAAGGCCACCAACAAUCUGCGCGUGGUGUACAACCGUCCGGCUGUGAAGAAGGGUUUCGCGGUGUGCGUCAAAGGCCUGGACUUCCUGUACGAAGACCUUUCGGUGCGGUUGGUCGAGUGGAUCGAGCUGCUGCACAUCCUGGGCGCGGACAAGAUAUUCUUUUACCAGCUGCAAGUGCACCCGAACAUCAGCAAGGUGCUCGACCACUACGAGUCGGUGGGCCGCGUGCACGUGACGCCGUUGACGUUGCCCGGCGGCCAGCCCAACGUGCCAGGAUUCCAGCACCUGUACCUGACCAAAAAGGUGAACCACAAGCGGCAGAACGAACUGAUACCGUACAACGAUUGCCUGUACCGGAACCUCUACUCAUACGACUACAUAGCUCUGUUGGACAUCGACGAAGUGAUAAUGCCGAUUCGGACCAGGACGUGGAAGGAGCUCAUGGAAACGGUGAUGGUGAAAGCGCUGGCGGCCAGGAACGAGACUCGCGCUUCGUAUAACGUCCGGAACGUUUAUUUCCUGGACGAUCUGAUCCACACUCACGGUUGGUUCAAGACCAUUCCCAAGUAUAUGCACAUGUUACAGCACGUGUAUAGGAGCAAGAACUACACGAAACCGAAUCAGUACGUGAAAUGCUUUCACAACCCCGAAAGAGCGUUGACGCUGCACAACCAUUUUCCACUGGCGUGCCUGAGCCAGGGAUGCACCUCGUACGCUAUGGACACGGCGGAUGCACAUCUGCAACAUUAUCGGGCUGACUGCGUAAAAACACUGAAGAAAACUUGCACGGAGUUCAGACAGAACAGUGUGAUCGACACGACCAUCUGGAGGUACAAAAGAGAUCUCAUAUCCAGGGUGUCGAACACGUUGUCGUCACUGGGUUUUUUCCCCGCCAUAUGACGAAAAACAGAUAAAAAAAAACAAAUCAUUUAAUAUCGUUAUAUACCAUAUGUCCACGAAAGCAAGGUACACAGAAGUUGUUGCGCAAAAUACAAGAGUUAAAAAAUUGUUAGUCAUAUGGGAAUUUAUGAUCCAAUAUAUUGGAUAAGCUAUAGUUUCGUCUCACGUCCCGCUAACAAAAUUCAAAAAUAUGCAUACGGUACUGAGUAAUAUAAGUAACUGAGUCAUACAGACAUACAGUCUACCCCGCUUUUGUGAACACACGGUAUAUUAUAUAAAUGAUAAUAAUUAGACUAUUUUCAUAUAACAUAGAUAGGUACUUGAAAAAUCGUACCAACACGUGCGAUGACGUUUCAUGAAAUUGUAUAUAGCUUAUUACACGCGCGUCACACCAACAGAUAUCUUAAAUUAUUAUUAUUGAAAUAGGACGUACCUCUAUUUAUACCUACAUAUUUCAUAGUGAACAACAAUUAGAACGUGAAUGCUCAUUCACCGACAACUGAAUAAAUCGACUUACGCGCUGCAAAGACUGGGCCCUAUUAGCGAGUGCAGUCUCGUGAAAUUCCGAAUUUUAUACGACUUACGAAACUAUAUUUUUAAAUUGUUUGAUGGGACAACUUUAUACAAUUAUAUUAUUAUCACGUUUUAUUUUUCUAUAAUGAUCCAAUUUCGAUUCGAUCGGUUGUUUUCGAAUAUUAGAAUUUAUACGUUUCAAAUGCCAAAAGAGAAACAAGCAGGAUUUAAGGUUCCAAAACAUUAAUAUUUAUAAACAGGUACUUCUUAAUUUUUUGAAGAUUCAUUUUCCUUCGAAUCGUAUAAUAUAGAGUUCACCAUUUUUGAGAUCCCAUACUCUUCGUGUAUCCUUAUGGUAUUUUUAUGUUUAUACCAACUAUUAGUAGGUACUAUUACGGUUUAGUAUUUUUGUACAGGCUUAGUACGAUUAUACACAAGACAUUUUAUUGAUAUUUACCAAAUAUUUUAUUAUUGAUUUGCCAGAUGUAUUAUUUUUACUUUAAAAUAGUACUCAAUUAUAUUAAUAUUUCUGUAAUUAUUUACUAUUAUAUACAUUAUUUGUUUAUUAUAUUAUGUGUGUAGUAUUGUAUUUGUAUUAAAUUAUAAUUUAAACAUAUAUAUUAUGUAUUGUAUAAUCAUGUUUAUUAAUCGUAUAUAUAUGUAUAAUGUAUAUCAUAUUUAUAAUAUAUUAACUAUCGUACCUUGUA